AUGGAGGAAGCGAAGAACAUGGCGUUGCUGUUCUUUAUGGAUCAUCUGAUGCAAAAGAACGGCCGACGAACGAUUCACGAUCUGAGCUGUCAAUUCGGUGCACGCGGUUUCUCAGAAGAGAUGCGAAAUGCGGUCGGCACCACCCAGGAGGGCCUUACCGAGUUUCUUCAGCAGCACCCAUCCCUCUUUACCCUAGAGGGAGAUCAGGUGAUUCUGAAUGGCUUCGGCGAUAUCACUGCGAAAAAUAAUCCGCUUUUGCAAUCGGCGUCAAGAAAUCGUGACUACGAGAAGGAAGCUGUGGAAUUUUUCGUGAUGAAGCUCACUAAAUUUGGACCCGAAUUACAGAUCAAAUCGUUGCUGGGACAUCGUUCUCAGGCCGCUCCAGAGGUCCGAUUAGUCUCCGGUCGUCAUCUGAAGGAAUUCUGCGAGUUCCUGCAGUCGCAAACGGAGCAUUUUGUUGUAGAAGGCGAUCGUGUACGCCUGAAGGUGAACAUGCCGGAACCGGACGAUAAUGCCAUCGAAUUGGAUGACGAGGGCAAACCACUGGCAGGUGUGAAGGCAAAGCAAGCGGCUGUAGAAUACUUGAAGAGCGUAUUAGAGCAAAAUGAAGACCAACCGAUUCCACUGGAUAUGUUCUAUCAGCGGUUCUGCCAGCGAUUCUCACAUUCAAUUCGACAAGAUGUUGCAACAAAUCCGAAGGAGCUGCUGCAGUUUCUCAAGCUCAACCGCGGAUUGUUUUUCAUUAGGAGUAACAAGGUGACGUUGGUGAAAAAUCGUCCAUCGGAGGAUGGCAGUGAGAAUGGCUCGGAUGAAGGUGAUCUAGAAAGCAACAACAACAGCGUGUUCCCGCUGGACCAAAACGCUCUGGCACGGAUUCACUUUGUGAAAGCAUUGAAACCCGCUCAGGAGCUCGUGGAGCGACUUCUACAGGACAUUCACAACCAAGAACGCAAAGUAGUUGGACUCGACUUCAAAACGGUCACUGUGGGCAUCGAUGGCGAGCUCUUCCUCUCCCUAUGUGUGGUUGCCACUCAGUCACAGAUUGGUGUGUUCGAUCUUGCCUCAAGUGAUGUCAUCAUCAUGGAAAGCGGUCUAAGGGACAUACUUGAGAGCGACAAGAUCACCAAGGUGAUUCACGACGCCAGACGUGUCGGAUCUCUGUUAGCACACAAGUACGCUGUACAUAUGGUUAACGUUUUUGAUACCCAAGUUGCGCAUUCCGUUCUGCAGCACGAAAAGUUCGGCAAGCCGCUUCAUGAUCUUCGUUCCAUAUCCUUUGUUAAUCUUCAGCGCCAAUCAAUUAUGCUUAGUGACGUGACCCCACGGAAGCUCAGUCAGUCACCUAAUUGGGGAGUUCGCCCAAUGAGUGACGAGCUGCUGUUGUCCUCUGUUGAAGAAGCACAUUGUCUUUUAUCUGCACUUCACCAAACACUCUCAAAUCUCAUCCCAGUUCAUUUGCGAGGCCUUUUCGAAGACAAGUGCAUUGAGGUGCUCUUAGCAAGUCCUACUCGCCCACCGCCCCUCUCGUUCAACCCCGGAAGUCCCUACCGCAUUUCUACGCGUGGUGGCGGCCGUGCUCAACCCGUCUCGUACGCGCAAUCCGGAUACGGAGAUCGUGCUGCGCCUGUAGCAUACGUUCCUCCAAACUCAGCUCGCCGUAUGGCCGACGCUUGUACGCAGACUUUCUCAACGGGCGAUAUUCAAGUGCUCAACGUUUUCUACGAGUGA